GUUAUCUACAACCCUGGCUGUCCUGACAAUGGAACUCCAAAUCCACGAUUUCAUCUCCAAACUGCCUGAGGAAUGCAAAUCUGCUGUGGUCCGCUACCUGGCGGGAAAAGACGCAGCGAAUCUGCGGCUUACUUCUCGAGCUUGGCGUGACACUGCAGCGGAAGGGCUAUUCAAUGUUGGCGAACCAUAUGGAAACUGCGAAGAAUGUAUCACUCGUGGUGUUCUCGUCUUCCGACCCCACAGGACUUCCUCAUACUUUAUAAAUGCCCUCAGCAAAUGGCCAUGGCUGGCGCGACACAUCAAGGAAAUUGAGAUAUAUCUUCCAGAUAAACGAGUUCAAGAGAUGGUUGCUGCUCUGGACCACAGGACGGAAAUGUGGAAGGAGGAGCUUGACAGUUCGUGGCCAAAAUAUCGCCUCCAGAAUCUAGGCAUUUGCCGUAAAGAUCUGUACCGUAUGGCGGAAUCGUUCAUUGAUCUGUUCUCACAUUUGACGCACGUGGAGUCUGUUAGCGCAUUCUCUGAAAGGUGUCCGUUUCCAGAAUCUGAGAAGGAACUUUGUGCGUUCUGGGAUUAUCUAUGUCCAGAGCGCUUUGAUCCAGAGCCAUCAUUCCCCCAUCGAUAUCAAGAUGAACCAGCCGCUAUUCACCUCUUUAUUGGGAUUUUCAGGGCUUUAAAGUAUCUCAAAUCGCCAAUCAAUAGGUUGUCCCUGGAGCAUGUACCUUUAAGCGUCUUCGAGAUAUUGCAUCGACACCAGACUCAACAAGCCGUUGAUCGCUCGGCCAAGGGCAAGCUGGGAUUGGGCAAAGCUCUUGUAGUCCACCCUUUCGAAAGUACCCUCAGUAAGGUCCGUGAUUUGCACAUUGGCCUAGUGGUAGACAGUGUACAGGUUGGACCUCUACUACCUGUUUCGAAGCAAGGGGCUUUUUUUCUCAAAGACGGCUUGGGUUUUAUGUCCAGUCUAAAGAGUUUGACGAUGAUCUGGUCAGAUAUGGAUGAUGCGUCUCUCUUUGGAAUCAAAGUUCAUUGA